UGCUGCUGUCCAACCAUGAUCCUCCAGGUGGCUGCGCUCAGCGUCCUCUUCUGCUCCAUCCACAGCUCCCCUAUACAGGCUUCUUUUGAAAAGAUUGAGGAGUCCUCUGGCAACACCAUUGACGAUGAUUCUUUAACUGUCUCCGCGCUGAUCGAGAAGGCCAAUGCUAAUCUGGGAAAGAACUUUGACGAGCCUCUGGUGAUGUUUGGAGACAUCAUCGUGCCAACAGGUUUAGGGAACGCUGAUCCCUGCACAGCACGCGGCUGCCUGUGGCCUAAAGCCACCGAUGGGAACGUUUACGUACCCUUCUGCAUCUCCAACCAGUUCUCACAAAACCAGAGAAAUACCAUUAUCCGGGGCCUGGACUCAUUUGCUCAGUCCACCUGCAUCCGCUUCUUCCCCCGUGACAACCAGAGGGAUUUUGUCGACGUCCAGUCUCUCUCAGGGUGUUUCUCAUAUGUUGGGCGUAUUGGAAAAGGCCAGGUAGUGUCUUUGAAUAACCGGGGUUGUGUUGUCCAGAGGGUCAUCCAACACGAGAUGCUCCACGCCCUGGGCUUCGACCAUGAGCAGACCCGGUCUGACAGGGACCAGAAUGUUCGCAUCGUGAUGGAAAACAUCAUACCUGGAAGGGAGUCCAAUUUCAGGAAGAUCAACACAAGGAACCUUGGCACUCCCUAUGACUACAACUCUGUCAUGCACUAUGAUAGGCUUGCCUUCUCCAGGAACGGGUUGCCAACCAUCAUUCCCAUCCCCGACGAAAAUGCAUCCAUCGGCGAAGCCUCCCAGAUGAGUACUAUUGACAUCCUCCGGGUGAACCGCCUUUAUGACUGCAAUUCGACUGCUUCCAGAGCUAACCUGAAACCAGUGCAAAGAAAAUAUUUCCCCCAGAAAUGAACUCAAGAGGAAAUGAAGCAAAUCUAUGCAACGUUUUAUCUGCAAGCAAAACCAGAAAAGCGUCUUAUGUUUAAUGAAUGUGUUUUAAUUCAGAGUUUGAUUAAAUUAGCUUGUGUACUUUCCUAAUGACCAAUGAAAAGUGAAAACAAUUGCUUGUGAUCUUGAUUGAAUACAAAUAAUUAAUAAAAAUCUUUCUUCAAAA